GCAGCCACACCGCCUCUCUGCGCUUCUUUACCAACCCCGCAGACUGCAUCGAGGAGCGGCUGUCCCCCUCUGGAUGACCGGGAGCAGAGGUCCGUACUCUCACCGAGCAGCCCGAGUCUCCUUGCGGUGACCGGUUGAAGAGGAGCGGGAAGGAAGUUUUUUUUUUUCUGGCUGUCUGGGUGAGAGCGCAGCGGGACUGCUGAGUGGACCCUGAAGAUCGCACUGCUGCAGGCUCACCUGGAACUUUUAAAAACUACUGAAACUCAAUGACUAAUGGUUGAGCCCAGCCCUCCAGCUCUACGCAUCCUCUCCGGUGGGGAUGUACACAUGGCAAAUCUUGAUAUCAAAGUUGAACAGGAGGAAUGCAAGGGAGGUGGUGGAGCCACAAAUUCGGAGCACCCCAGGAGUUUGCAAGACUGGUCAGCAAAUCAGCCUCUUGAGGCUCGCCAGUUGACCCCACCACUGUCACGCUCCCCUUCAGAGGGCUCUCCGGGAAAGGAGCUGUCUCACAAGCAAAGCCCUUCAGGACUGAAGGAAGCUGGGAUUCAUGAGCGAUCAGAGGGGCAAUCCAAAAUUAAGGAAGUAAUGCCGACCAUUGAGAAGCUGCUGAAUGCCGACUGGAAGGAGAAACUUCUGGAUAAAAGCUCAGUGGGCGCAGGACAACUGAAAGGAACCCCUGAGUCUCUGGCAGAGAAGGAGCUCCAGUUGUUGAUGAUGAUAAACCAGCUGAGCGGCCUCAGAGAGCAGCUGCUGGGCGCCCACUCAGAACAGAGGAACAUGGCCGCCCUGCUGCUGGAGAAGCAGCAGCAGCAGAUGGAGCUGGCCCGACAACAACAGGAACAGAUCGCCAAGCAGCAGCAGCAGCUGAUCCAGCAGCAGCACAAGAUCAACCUGCUUCAGCAGCAGAUCCAGCAGGUGAACAUGCCCUAUGUGAUGAUUCCAGCUUUCCACCCAAACACCCAGCCCCUCCCUGUCACCUCUGACCCCCCAAUGACCUUGCCACUGCAGCCGAUACCCUGCAAGCCGACAGUCGACUAUCCUAUGCAGCUGCUGCCAAACAGCCGCCCCGCAUCCAUCAAGAGGAGCAGUAACUCCUUCCGGCAGGAGGCCAGCCAGCCCUUGAACCUGACCUCCAAGCCAAAGGGGAUGGAACUAAGGAAGACAUCCAGCCCACAGAACCUGGAGCUGGGAUCGCUGGGGCUCCAUGGGGCCUACAGACCCAGAGAUCUCCAGAGAGAGGUGUCCAACAGCUCACCACGGUCUGCCCUCAGUUUCCUGGGAGACGGUGACCUGGUCACCCAGGCCAUCCAUGAUGCCCAGCAGCUCCUGAGGAGUCACAGCGGCGGAGGGAGGGAGAGGGAGAGAGACUGUUCAGGAAAAAUGGAACAUAAAGGUUCUCUCCGUCCUGAAAAAGUAACUCACUACGAGCGUGGUGAAGAAAGACACGGCCUGCAGGCCACUGAGGACAACCUCAGCAGUGACUCGGAGGGUGCCUUGCCCAUCUCAGUACCAGGCAGCUACGCUGAGACCCGGCCCACUUCCUCCACUGGCCACAUCAAGAGACCCAUGAAUGCCUUCAUGGUGUGGGCCAAGGACGAGCGCAGGAGGAUCCUCCAGGCUUUCCCUGACAUGCACAACUCCUCCAUCAGCAAGAUUCUAGGCUCCAGGUGGAAGGCCAUGUCCAACCAGGAGAAGCAGCCUUACUAUGAGGAGCAGGCGAGGCUGAGCAGGCAGCACCUGGAGCGUUACCCUGACUACAAAUACAAGCCCCGGCCCAAACGGACCUGCAUCGUGGAGGGCCGAAGGCUGAGGGUGGGCGAGUACAAGGCCAUGAUGAAGAGCCGUAGGCAGGAGCAGAGAGCGACUUACGGGCACAGUCAAUCAGAGCCACAGCAGAUCCAUUACUCCCAAAGUGACAGCCAGUAUCCAGCCGGCGGGUCCAUCUCCGUCCCAGGCUUGCCGUUUCACCCCGCGCUGCUGGAGCACUACCUGCCACAAGUCCCGGCCACUGGCCACAGAUCAGAGGGCCGGGACACGCCCACCCCUCAGCCCAGAGACAGAGACAGAGACAGAGAGAGGGAACAAGAGAGAGAGCGACCCCCGUACAGCGAAGGAGAAGAAAGCGAUCUGGGAGAGAGGAGCGAAGGCGAACUGGUGCUCCUCACAGACUGAUCAGUGGCCGGGGGCAGUGGCACGAAGAGGGAGGAAAUGGAGGUAAAGAUGAGAAGGACUUGUUGGAAGUGGGCUUCAGAUGUUGCUCCUGGUUUAAAGGCAAUCAGAAUCCAAACUCUGGAGGACUGACAUGCCACACAUGCACCCUCGUACAUUACUACAAACUCCAAAUUAAACCCUGCCUCGCACACACAUAAGGACAAGUUUUUAUCAGUUCCCUACCCAGAUGAGUCAUCACCUGCCUUGGGUUAAAAUACUGUUGUUCUAAAGUAGAAAGUUAUCAUUUCAUCCCUUCUGCUUCUGACUUUCCUCCCAGGUUGCCUUUUAUCAAACAAUAGGCCUCCACAGAAAUUAGAAUCACUGCAGGAAACUCCAAAGGAACUGUUAAAGUUAGAUUAGCUCGUUUUCACCAGUCAGGCAGCUGAGGAGCUACAGUAUGUCACCAGUGCCACCUUGUGGUAAAAGUUAUUUAUUACAAACGGCUGGGAAAAGUGCAGGUGUAAUUUUCACCUGAAGUACCACAGACUGUUGUCUGGGCUGUUCACAUCUACUGAAUGUAGUACAAAAAACUCCAAAACACUGACCAAAGAAAGGCAUCAUAAAAUCAGGUUAAUUCAGGGAGCUACCAUCAGUUGUUUCAGAACCCCAUGUUAGUACAAUAUUUAGUGUCUGUCUCCAGGUACACUUGUAUUGGCUCCCCUGGUAAAGAUGUGUAAAAAGCUUUACAAUGAAUUCAUCUUUUAUUGCAGCAGCUUGAUCUCGCGCUUCAGAAAAAAUCCAACAUUUCAUUUGGGUACAUUUUUUAUUGUUGAGAAACAAAUUCCAUGUGAGAAAAUAAUUGUUUUUAACAAAACUCCCUGUGACACAACUAUGGGUGACCCUAAUAACCUAAUGGUCUCAUAAUAAAUGUAACUGAAGCAUUUUUUACAAUCUGUACAUUACUUUUUUUUUUAUUUUCAGAAAUUCUAGUUAAGAACCUCUAGUUACUAAUCCAUGACAAAUAUGAUGUGGCAUGUAGGUCCAUUUCUUUUAGCCACUGGCCACUAGACUGAAAGAAGACCCAUAUUUAUGUUGCCACCGUGUACAAUGGGCGCAGAAGCUCUGUAGCAAAGAGGGGCAUCUUGACGUCAUAAAGUUUCCAUGACAACCAUUAGUCACUAUCUACAUUCCCAAUAUUUGUAAGAGAGUGAUGCACAAAUGUUUCUCUUCCAAAUGCUCUGUGAACGUUGGUAGAGUGCCUGCCAUCAUAUUUUUUGAAAAUUGUCAGAGUAAAUUUAUCCGCAUCUUUACAGCUGGGAUAACCUAUGUGUUGUUGUUGAACUGAGGCUUGACUGGCACACACUCUGUAGGCAUGAUCAGCAUUUAGAUUUGAGACUAAAGCCUCUGAUCAGCGGUCUCGAAGGCUUGGCGGUGAUGUAAAGUUGACAGAGAGACUUGGAAACUGUUAAUCAGUUGCUCUGUAAUGAUUUGACCUUUUAACAGAUGUUUUAGAGAACAGAUUUUCAAUUGGAGAGAUCUCCUGUCAUGGUACCCAUUAAAAUAUCAGUCAUAGCCCAGGUAAUCAGCAUAUCCUUCUCCUCUUCCUCCCUCCAUGUUCAUGUCCUCUGUGUUGUAACUGUGUUUACUGUAGUUCCCUCUCCACAGCUCAGUGGCUUGACCCCAGCCUGUUGCAUAUAUUUGUUUUUGCUUUUUAAGUGUUUUUUGAUUGUUGUGUAGAAUCUGUGCAUUUAAAUACAUGUUUUUAUUUUGAAAAGAAAUGACGAUAAAGUUUCAUUUCAACAGGUUAUUUAUCAUUUUUUAUGUUCCUGUCCAGAUCAUCCAGCAGCAAGACAAAUAAUCCCACAAAUUCAAACAUGUCUGAAAUCAAUCAUUCAUUGCAUCCUAUGAUCUGGACACUCCAUGAUUAACUGUAACUUGGUGCAUUAAUCAGAGAUGUUAUGUAAUCGAGAAACUUGUGACAGCUUUGGAGCAUUAAAAACGAAUCAACUUGAUCUCCUUGCAGAGCUAGAUGUAGAAAAAACGAGUGAUUUGGAACACAACCUUUUCAUUGCAUUUGAAAGGGAGCUGAUUGGAUGUAAAAACAAAUUGAAAAACGAUAGCACUUUCCAGUUUUUUGGGGACACUGGUCAUGGUGAAUACAUUGACACCCUAGUUAGUCCUCCUUUACUGGGAAUUUAUCUUGUGUGAUAUUAAGCAGUAAUCACUACUAGUGAAUACUGCUGUUUUUUUCCAAAUACGUUUGUGGCGGUUUUUGGUAUCAUGUUGUAUAAAUAUUUUUAAAAGUUACCGCUUCAGAACCACGUACAUUUUACACCAUAAUGUUUCCUAUGGUUUAGGGCUUUUAAUAAGAGAAAAGUGACUGGAGUGUUGGCCAGCUGGGUGAAGUGAGACAUAUUUCUCUUACUUACAAGAACAAACAAAAAACAGCUGUUUUGAAAUAUUAAUAUUUACAAAAGACACAGUCAGGAUGUAGACGCUAAUGCAGGGCAAACCUUUACUUUUCUUUUUUUAUGGCAACAUUAUUCUAAAACAUUUUUUGGCAAGCUACAACCAGCAUAUCUGUUCAGUAGCUGACUGCAUGCUAGCUAACCAAGCAGAAAGAUACUACACAAGCAAAUUAUUAACAGCAACAAACAAAAACCACAAUUUAUUAUUUUUAUUUCAUUUUUCUUUUUGGGAGAUAACUAUUUUUUUACUAUUUUGCACUAAUCCCAUCAUAAACUACAGUUAAACCCAAAAUGAUUCACACUUGUGUAAUUUCAGAUUUAGGUUUAAAGUCAUGCUUUCAUUUUACCAACAUGUUUCUUCUUACUGAAAGUAAUAUUAAUGUUUUUAUAUUUACCAGAUUCUCUCUAUCAGAGUCAAAUAGAGUCUACUAGAGAAUCUGUGGAGGGAUCUAAAGGUUAGAAUGAUGGCAAAAGGCCUUUUCUGACUUUACGUGCUAACUUUGUUAAAAUAAACUUUAGCAUAUGUCAAGUUAGGAAACUGUAGGUCACUAAAAUGAUUCCUACCUUUAGGUGAAUUGAAACGAUUGACUCCAAAUUGGUUAUUUCUGGUUCUUGUAAAGAAAUUGAAUUUUUAAGUAAAUGUCAAGCAAAGAAACCAGCUAGCUACCCCUUUAGCUCUUUCAGUUUCAAUCGAAGUUUUCUGACUUUGAAGCUGGACAUCCAAACAUUCGUGUUUUAGGGACUUAUUUGGUUAUGGCUGCAAUAAGAAAACCUGGUACUUUCCUAAUGUUUAAUUUUGUAAAAAAAUGUUUUAAAAUUUAAUAUAAAAAAAAAUUGGAAUAAAACUGUGGUGUCUUUGUUCUCAUCAGGUCCAUUGUCUAGGGGUAAUUCGUUCAAAUAAAAAUGGCUGGCUCUUUUGUGUACAGAUAUCAGAAAUUCUUUGUUUUUUUUAUUACAUACUGAACCACCUGUCAUUACCCUGCUGAUGUAAAUAUAGAAAAACUUUAUUUUGUUUAUAAGAGCUUGUGUAAUUUAAAGGUGUACAUUUCUAUGUUUUCAGAGUUUUUGAAAGACAAUAAACUGGUUGAUUGAA